GGCAGCCGAGAGAUUGGCACAGCUAUGGUGCGCGUUCCUCCACCAGGUCGAACUCAAAGUAUGCUGUAUGCGUGACCGACGAUCUUUCGACCAGGAAGCUGGGCAUUUUGGGUGGAUCGUGCAAUUUUUGAGCAUAGUGGGCGACAAAAUGCUACCAAGUUCAUGUCUCUGGGUCGAGCGUUUUACUGCAGCUGUCAAACGUUACCAACCUUUCGUACCUUGAGUUGAACCCUCCACCAGCAAACGGUCUAGAUCAUUCCCCGCUGCUCAGGUCCUAGAUCAAAAUUUUACUAAGUGACGAGCCACUCAAAAUGGGGUUCGUGAUCCUUCCCGCGCUGGUACCGGACAUUAGCGCCGUGUACGAUGUAUACUUCGCAGCCUUCAAGGACAACGCACUCACGCGCGCAUUGUUCCCCUCGGCUACCGAGAAGGACUUGACGGACGCGAAUUCGGAGUUUCGGCAGGCUCACACCGCUCAUGUCACGGAGUAUUGGAAGACAAGUGCAACGCAAUAUACGUUCAAAUGCAUCGACACCGAGACUAACAAGAUUGUUGGGAUGGCGCUUUGUGACGUAUACAUUACGCCGAGUGAUUGGAAGAAGGGUGAGAUCGGAUGGUUGGAGGGGAAAGAACGAGAACGAGCCGAGGCCCUUGUUAAGCCACUUUGGGAUACGAGGGAGAAGUUGUGGCUUAAUGAGAGGUACAUCUACUGCCACGUGAUGGCUGUACAUCCCGACUACCAACGGAAAGGUAUUGGUGAGUUGUUAUUCAAACGUGGGAUCACCAUCGCCCAGCAGACUGGUCUGCCCAUGUAUAUAGAGAGCUCCAAGGAAGGCGUUAAGCUCUACGAGAGAAUGGGAAGUCGAAAACUGAAGGAGAAGUUGGUCAAAUCCAACGAGACCAAUGACGCAGGGGAGAACGAGGAAUGUCCACUGUACGUCUGGUUACCGGAAGGCGGAGAGAAGAGAUUACCAAAGUCUGUAGAGCUGGCAUAAUGCCAAUAUGGCUGAAGACGAAUUAAGAAUGUCUAUUAAACUGAACAAGACUCAACCCAGCAUCUGGUGGAGAGCAUUGACACGGUAACUCUCACUACGCUGCACCAAUUCCUCGUGGCGUCCUUGAUCUACUACCUUACCUGCUUCGACGAGGAAAAUAACAUCAGCUCUGGCGAUCGUCCUCAGUCGAUGGGCGAUUGCAAUAACUGUCACGCCGUGGCCCUU